UCGCGACACUGCCCGCAACCCCAGCCCCGGAUCGGCAGUAACAAGUCACUCACCCCGAAGCCAGGUUACGUAGAGCUGCCCCCAGGGCCGCUGAGUUUCGAUUCCCCAAUGUCUGGAAAAGGACCGAAAACAAACAGGGUCGCCAGGGGUCACCACGGGCUUCCGGUUUCCUCGAAGACACCACCGCUUCCCCAGCGAAGGCAGCUGCUCCAAAAGCGCAGCAAAGACAUUUCCAUUUCUUUUGCCUCGGCUGUGCCAGGCCCGACGCGGCCCUGUCCUGGACACGGGCCCAGGAGAUUCUGGAAAGACGGGCAGCCGAGGCAGGAGGGGCCGAGCCGUCGCAGGAGAAGGCCGGUUACCCAGCAACGCGCGCAUGCGCGCGACACCCGGCCCAAGCGGCGCCUGCUUCGUCAGGGCUCAAGCAGACUGCCAGCAGCGCGCGCGCCGUGUAGAAGUGCAGACGAACCGCUGUCGAAGGGGAUGAAGGGAGGAUGUGAAGAACACGGCCGGAAAAGGACUUCCGCUGUCCGCGGGGUCAGUGCCAGAACCGCGGGAGGAAACCGGAAGUUAGGCCGAAGGGAGCUGGGGAGCAUGGGCGCGGCGUACUACAUGUCCCGUGAGCCUCUACGGCGGGACGGGGCGGGGUUGGCGACGAAGUAACAUGGUGAAGGCGGAGCCAGAGCUGGAUUAAAUGCAUUUAUGGGAAAAGAAAAAUUGGAUGGUGAAAUAAUUGUAGACUAUUGUAACGCUACAAUGGAUUCCUCAGUGGAAAACAACAUGUACGUAAACAAAGUGUGGGUUCAAUGUGAGAAUGAAAGUUGUUUGAAAUGGAGAUUGCUGUCAAGUGAGGAUGCAGCUAAAGUUGAUCACAAUGAACCAUGGUACUGCUUCAUGAACACUGAUCUGAAAUAUAACAGAUGUGCUAUUUCUGAAGAAGACUUUCCUGAAGAGUCUCAGCUUCAUCAGAGUGGAUUUAAGAUUGUCUAUUCACAGCUCCCUCUUGGAAGCCUGGUUUUGGUAAAAUUACAAAAUUGGCCAAGUUGGCCAGGAAUACUGUGCCCUGAUCCUUUUAAAGGGAAAUAUGUGACCUAUGACCUGGAUGGAAAUGUUGAAGAGUAUCACAUAGAAUUCCUGGGUGAUCCCCAUUCAAGAUCAUGGAUAAAUGCAACAUUUGUUGGACAUUAUAGUAUCACAUUAAAGCCAGGAAAAUGUAAAACUAAGAAGAAGUGGUAUAAAAGUGCACUACAAGAAGCAUACCUACUCUAUGGAUAUUCUCAUGAACAAAGACUGGAAAUGUGCUGCCUGUCAAAACAGGAUAAACCCAAAGCAGAUGCCAAAGUUGCUGUGGUGGCCAAGAAAAGGAUGCAAGUUUCCAAAAGCAAUAUGGAAAAGAAAAAUCCCAAAUUUAGAAAAAGGAAAAGGAAAGCUAUUUUAAAAUGCUCUUUUGAAAAUGUUUGUUCAGAUGAUGCCUUAUCAAAGGAAAACAUGGUUGUCUCUGAGACAGAAGUUUUACUAAAAGACCUGGAGCAAAUGCUACAGCAAGCACUAGAGCCCACAGCAACACCAGAUGAAUCUGAAGAAGAAUGUGAAGAAGAAACAAAUACAGGGGAAAAGGUCUCUAGAUCAACAGGAGCCACUCCUGGACCUGAUGUAGAUCGAGAGGCCCUGGAUUUUGAGCCUGCUGCCAUGACUGGAUAAUGCAUUUUGGAGGAACCCAGCUCCCAUGAUGUGAGGAUUUUCAAGCAGUCCAAUAGAGAGCUCCAUGGCAUGAGAAAUUGAGACUGCCAGCCAAGAACCGGCACCAACUGGCCAGCCAUGAAAGUGAGCUAUUUUGAAAGUGGAUCCUCCAACCCUCAAGCCAAGAUUGCAACCUCGUGAGAAAUUCUGAGGCAGAACCACUCAGCUGAACUGCUCUUAGAUUCCUGAGCCACCGAACAGUGUGAGAUGAUAAAUUUUUAUUGUUUUAAGCACUAAUGUUUUGGGAUAAUUUGUUACAUGACAAUAAAUAACUAACACAAUGUGUGGUGGGCUUGUCUCACCAAAUAGAUCAUAAGCACCUUGAAAGGAAAAAACUGUAUCUUUCAUUUCUCACAAUGACUUGCAUAGUAUUGAGACAAAAUUAGGCCCAAUACAUGAAUGCUGAUGCUUCACAAUUAAGUUCAAGUCAAGUCAAUAAAUAUUUAUUUAAUACUCACCAGAUACUCUUCUAGGGGCUAAGGAAAACAGUAAACAAAAAGGAACAAAGUUAAGUUCUUGUGGGGAAGAUAGACAGUAAUAAAAAUAUAUAGAUAAUAGACCAGAUCAGUGGUGAUAAGAAGCUAAGAAGAAAAAUAAAACAAAGUUGGGGGAUGCUGUCUUAUAUACUUUAUGUAGGGUCUCUGUUAAGAAAGCUUUUGAACAGAGAGCUGUUUAUGUAUCUGGGAAAGAGCAUCCCAGGCAGAAGUAAUUGCAAGGUCAAAGGCCACGUGACUGGCAAGGCUUGGCACAUUCAAUAAGGCCAAUAUGGUUAAGGCUGAGUUCACUAUUUGUUUCUGAUUUCACUAUUUAGUUAAUUGAGUUUUUUAUAAGUGCAGCUUUACAUUUGUAUUUCUCUUGGUGGCUUGGACCCCUCUUCUUCCCUUUCCCUUUUUCCUGAAUUUGAAUAGGGCACUGUUUAGUGGUCUACUUUUAAAAGACCUGUUUGUGCAAAUGUAUCAUUAUGUAAACAUAAAAAUGGCUAAUGAGUCAACAGGUUAGUAUUUAUAGCUGGGGUGAAGAAUUAGGAAAUUUACUGAUUACAAUCUUCCUUUUAUUAUUUCUGCUACUUGAAGCUUUCCACUUCAUUAAAGCCAUUAGUACCCAUCAAUAAAUGAUAGAACUUUUGUAUUAACACAAAUAUGCAGGAAGGAGUCAGGCUCAGUCGUAUUUUUUAUGAGACAAAGGGUCUGAAAUCUAUAAAUAUUUAGUUGUCCCAAUGGAAUAACAAAUAAAAUUCUGUAUCCUAAAUAUUCUGUCAAUCCAUGCUGUGAGCUUUACCUCCUUUCCUGCUUUUGCUGAAACAAACACAUGACAUGAAAUCAGAGGUGUGGCAACCCGUGGUCUGAGCAGCACAGGCCUGCAGAUCUUUGGUGCACAGCAGUCUGCAUGACCUAGGC